AUGGGACAGAUGGCUCUUAAGCAGAAUGUCAGACAUCCGAGUGCUCUUCCUAGUGAUACUGAAAAGAAUCCAAAAGAAUGCAAGGCAGUCACCUUGAGGAAUGGUAGAGAGCUAGAAGAAGUGCCGCCGAAAAAGAAGAACAUAGCAGAGGCAGAACUUAUCCCUGCUAAGCGAGCUGAACCAAAGCAAACAGUCACAGAGCAACAUGUAGAGGAAGUGGUAUACAUCAACAUACCUUUGGUGGAGCUUUUGCAAGAAGUCCCAAAAUAUGCUAAAUAUAUUAAAGAUGUGGUUGCGAACAAACGGAGUUGGACAGAGUUUGAGACUGUUGCACUUACUGAGGAGUGCAACUCUAGAGUGAGGAGUAAAAUUCCUCCAAAGUUGAAAGAUCCGGGCAGCUUCACAAUUUUGAUUACGAUUGGCAACAUUGAAGUUGGGAUAGCAUUGUUUGAUUUAGGUGCUAGUAUUAAUCUGAUGCCCACCUCUGUGUUCCGAACGUUGGGUUUGGGAGAGCCUAGGCCAACCACUAUUACGUUGCAGUUGACUGAUCGAUCUCUUGCUUAUCACGAUGGCAUUAUUGAGGAUGUUCUUGUGAAGGUAGGCCCAUUUAUUCUCCGGUUGAUUUUGUGA